UCUCAAACAACAUUUAAACCCAAGCGCCGCCUGCCCGCCCUUCUGCUCCUUCGACCGCCCGCCCCAAAGCAUCACCACCUGCUACAUUGAUACUUCAAGCGCCCGCCACGAUGCUGUACACCACUCUUCUCAUCGCCUCUGCGGCCUUCUCUGGCCUCGCCGCCGCCCAGAACGGCUCCUCCUCGGACCUGCCCCCGACCAUCGAGCCGUGCUGCAAUGUUCCCGCCAACACCAUCCCCGACACCACCAAGUCGACUUGGUGCACCGCUUCGCAGAACACAUGCCCGGAGAUUUGCGGCGGACAGGGCCAGAUCGCCAGCGGUGGCAACACGUGCAAUGAAAACACCCUCCAGUACACCUGCAAGUGCCGCAAUGGCACCGAGCCCACCAUGUCCGACUAUGUCCAGACUGUCCCUGGUCAAAUGUGCCGUUACUGGUAUGCCGCAUGCACCAAUGCCACCUUCGCCUCCGACGGAGAGGGCAACGCGACGCAGCAGUUUGCAUGCGACCAGGCGCAACAGCAGCAGUGUGGAAACCUCACCACCAAGGACGCUUCGACGACCAGCGCUAGCAGCUCUGGUGGUAGCCGUCCUACCUCCACUGGCAGCUCUGACUCCAGCUCCGAGACCGGCUCGCAGACCUCCUCCAGCGCCAGCGGCACCAGCAGCACUCCCGGUGCCGCUGUCCGUCUUGCUCAGGAAUUCGGCGCUCCUGUUCUCGCGGGUGGUAUGAUCGCCCUGUUUGGCAUUGCCUUGUAGUAGUAGUAGUAGCACAUCAUCGGGCCGGUUCCAUGGGGAGGGGUGGUAAUGAGGAUGAGGCGCAGAGGUUAUGCAUCGGCAGCGCAUCGGCAUGACAGUCUUCUCCAGCAUCAAAAGAGCAUUGGAGUUAGCGUUUGUAUGUUCACGAUGGCUUGAGGGGAGGUUUAAUACGAGUUCAUGACCAGGCGAUAUAUCCCACAAUCAAGCGAUU